AUGUCGUUGCUAGUGGAUUUACAAUCGAUGAUUGGGGCCGCGUUGCAAUCGCCGCUUCUGGUGGCAACGCGGGCUUCGCGGGAUUAUGGUCAUGGAACCGCCCAAAAUCCAAACACUCCCAAAAUUACCUCACCGGAGAGAACCGUCGUGAUACGAAGCAGCCGAAACCUUGGAGGAUUGUGCCUCGUCUUCGGGUUGUUCCUCGCCCCUGCCGUGGAACUUCGCGGCGGCGAGCAGGAUCCACCGAAUAUUCUGGUUUUUCUGGCCGAUGACGUCGACGCCAAGGACUACGGCUGUUAUGGCAACGAUAGCAUUCGCACACCCAAUAUCGACGCCCUGGCCGCCAGCGGGCUGCGAUGCGACAACGCCUUCCUAACCACAUCGCAAUGCAGUCCCACGCGAAUCAGCGUGCUCACGGGCAAGUACCCGCACGCCACGGGGGCCGAAGACCUGCACACGCCGCUGCCCAAAGAUCAGACCUUCGUCUCAACGUACUUGAAAGAUCGUGACUAUUUCUGUGGGCAUAUGUUGAAGACCCACUACGGCCCCAACGGGAACGAUCAGUUCGAUUGGUACUCGAAGAACCUCGACGAUUUCCCCGAGUUCAUUGAAGCCACGGAGCAACGGCCAUUCUUUAUGUGGGUUGGAUUUCGGGAUGCCCAUCGGCCGUAUCAGAAAGGGGCCGUCUCGCCGCCGCACGAUCCGGCGAAAGUUGAAGUUCCUCCGUACCUAGUUGACGAUCAGGCAACGCGCGAGGACCUGGCCCUGUACUACGACGAAAUCUCCCGCAUGGAUGAAGCCAUCGGGCGGAUGAUGGAGCAGCUGAACAAGCGGGGACUAACCGAGAACACGUUGGUGGUCUUCUUCGGCGACAAUGGACGACCGUUCCCUCGUUGCAAGGGGACGCUGUACGACUCGGGGAUUGGCACUCCGCUGGUGUUCUCUUGGCCCAAAGUGAUUAAGGCAGGCAGCGUGUACGACGGGCUGGUGAGCGUCGUCGAUUUGGCCCCGACGUUUCUAGAUAUCGCCGGGGUGAAAGUUCCCUCGGAUAUGCAGGGGCAUAGUAUUGCCGGCUUGUUUCGAGAUACCGAGGUCGAACCGCGGGAGUAUGUGUUCGCCGAACGCAACUGGCACAACUGCGAUGAGCAUAUGCGGAGCGUGCGGUCCAAUCAGUACAAGCUGAUUCGCAACGCCUACCUCGACCUGCCCCACGGAACCCCUAGCGACUUGUGUGCGUCGCCAUCGUGGCAAAGUCUGAAAGCAUUGCUUGCGAAGGAAGAACUGACCGACGCGCAGGCACGGUUGUUCCAAGUGCCGCGACCGGAGUAUGAGCUCUACGAUGUGAUCAACGACCCGCAGGAGUUGCACAACCUGGCGGAGGACGACGGCUAUUCUUCGGUGCGGGAACAGUUGGCCGGAGUUCUGGAGGAGUGGCGCGAGCGAACCGGCGAUUUCCCUCCCACCAAGCGGCGACGUCCAGACAAUGUGAACCGUUCAACGGGAGUGAAGUUCCAGCAGAAGGUGCCGGAGAUGUUGCCGGAUGAAUGA